GCUAGGAGGUGCAACGGAGCUCAACAGUCAACACGACGUCUGCUCUGAAGCAAGAGAGCAGCCUUCCAGCUUUGACGAGAGCCACAACCACAGAAAGAUAAGAAGAGCGAAACGCUGCGUGUGGUCAUUUUGAGAGGAGCCACGCCAAAAGUUGCUAGUUUUCGUUCUUGUGCGGGAUCUAGAAGGCGGUCCAUUUGUUUUCAACACAUUCAAUUUAAAAGGAGGCUUUUCUGUCAACAAAAUAGUUGUUCGGAAUUACUGGUGCAUCUCUUUUGUGCUCUUGAGUCUGCAACUCGUCAGUCAACUGUCUCCGUUUUUCUUGACCCACAUCGAUGCCCCGAUCAAUUGAGCCUCCAGAAGCCAUGUUCAGCUUCCUGAAGAAUGACAAAAGUAAAACGACUGAUGUCUAUGAGACGGUGGUUGAGGGUCUCAAGCAGAUCUACAAACAAAAGCUGCUGCCCCUUGAGAGCUACUACCAGUUCCAUGAGUUCCACUCGCCCAAGCUUGACGACCCUGACUUUGAUGCCAAGCCCAUGAUCCUGCUCGUUGGGCAGUACUCGACGGGCAAAACCACCUUCAUCAAGUAUCUGCUCGAGAGUGAUUUUCCUGGCAUUCGGAUUGGUCCGGAGCCAACCACGGAUAGUUUUAUUGCCGUUAUGCAUGGUGACAACUCAGGCGUCAUUCCUGGAAAUGCGCUUGUUGUUGAUCCUAAAAAGCAGUUCCGUCCCCUCAGCAAAUUUGGAAACGCUUUCCUCAACAGGUUCCAGUGUUCCCAGUUGGACAGUGCUGUUUUGAGAGGAAUCUCCAUUGUCGACACACCAGGCAUUCUCUCUGGAGAAAAGCAACGAACUGAUAGAGGUUAUGAUUUCACUGGUGUCCUCGAGUGGUUUGCUGAGAGGGUGGACCGAAUCAUUCUUCUUUUUGAUGCACACAAAUUGGACAUCUCGGACGAAUUUCGUCGCAGCAUCGAAGCACUAAGAGGGCACGACGACAAAAUCCGGAUUGUGCUCAACAAGGCUGACAUGGUCGACCACCAGCAACUGAUGCGGGUCUACGGUGCCCUCAUGUGGAGCCUUGGAAAAGUCCUGAACACUCCUGAAGUGGCCCGAGUUUACAUUGGCUCCUUUUGGGAUCAACCUCUACGAUAUGAUGUCAAUAGAAGGUUAUUUGAAGAUGAGGAGCAGGACUUGUUUAAAGACUUGACAUCACUGCCUAAAAAUGCAGCCCUCAGGAAGCUCAACGACCUCAUCAAGCGAGCAAGACUUGCAAAGGUUCACGCCUUUAUUAUUUCUCAACUGAAGAGCGACAUGCCUAGCAUGUUUGGCAAGGAUGGCAAGAAGAAGGAGCUGAUCAAAAAUCUUGGCAAUGUUUAUGAGACAAUUCAAAAGCAGUAUAGCAUUUCUAGAGGAGACCUCCCUGAUUUGAAGAAAAUGCAGGACAUGCUGCAAAACCAAGACUUUACCAAGUUCCACUCUAUGAGGCCAGCCUUGAUAGAUGCGGUUGACAAAAUGCUGGCGCAAGAUAUCGCUCCAUUGAUGGGCCUUAUUACCAAAGAAGAGGCUGAGAACCCAAUCGAACCUGUAGUUAGAGGAGGUGCCUUCCACAAUGUAGAAGACACAGAAAGUCCUUUUGGCUACAAGAAGGGUGAAGGUAUUGAUGAAGGCGCCGGAGAUCAUGAGUGGGUUGCGGCAAAGCUUCGAUUCAAAACGGACUCUGUUUUUGAUACGUUGGGGCCCGUCGAUGGAAAAAUUACGGGCGCAGCUGCAAAGUCAGAGAUGAUAAAAUCAAAAUUGCCCAACACAGUUCUGGGAAAAAUCUGGAAGUUGGCCGAUGUAGAUAAGGAUGGUAUGAUGGAUCCUGAUGAGUUUGCUCUGGCCAUGCACCUGAUCAACGUCAAGCUGGACGGCCACGAUUUGCCUACAGAGCUGCCAGCUCACUUGGUGCCUCCCAGCAAAAGAGAAUAUUGAAGAAACAAAAAAAAAAUCAUCUUUUAAGUGGGUAAUAAGAUAAACA